GGCGUGUUAUGGGGCGACCCCUGUGGUGUCACAGCCUGGAAGUUGCACACUUUCUCCACUCCUCUGCUUGGUCCCGGGCCGGCUGAUGACCUCGGAGGAGGAGUUGACCAGUUAACUUCAGAGGAAUGUGGCGAAGCUGUGCCAGGAGACGUGGGUCGACUCGGUGCCACCGGGGGAGACUCUGAGGGACGUUUGCUGCUGGUACACCAACUGCACCUUUGUGGAAGGUCCCAUUAGUACAGGUUUUCAUGGAUUUGAUGCAGGAUUCCACUCAGACCUUGUGGGGUCUGAACGCCCAUUUGAAGGACUUCCUCAAGCAAGUGAACAAGCUGCAGGAGACUAACCAGCGGCUGGAGGCUCAGAUUGCCAACUGGGGUGCCAGGAGCACCUUACGCUGCCAGGACUGGUCCCAGCAGGAGCAAACGGUGAUGGAGCUCCGAGCCCAGGUAGGGAAGCUUCUGAUGGAGAACGCCCAGCUGGCUUUACAGUCCGACAGCGUCAAGUCCCAAGCCGCUGCCAUCAAGGCCAGGUGUGAGAUGGAGAAGCGGAACACCAAGCAUUUGGAACAACAGGUGGCGCUGCUCAGGGAGUCCAAGAAGAAGGCAGAUCUGAUCAGUGUGAGGCUGGAGGCAAACCUCCGUUGCUCCAUGAUGGAUCUGCAGCAGAUGCACCAGGAGUUUGAGGCAGCCCGGGCUCUGCAGCUGCAGAAGGCCGGCUCCUGUGAUGCUCUGUUAGCGCCGGACGCAGCAUCGGGAAGGGAGGAGGAUGGCACAGGGAUGGAGCUCACCCGGCUCCUCGACCGAAUCAGAGCGCAGCACAGCCAGAACAGACUUGCCAGACCUGGUGAGAGACAUCCCGGCCUGAGCGCUGCCUCACAUGCGUUCCCGGGCUUGCUCGGGCCUAGCCGCUUCGGAGCCAGAGCCGGACCUGGAGCCGGCUCAGCAGCCAGAACAAACGGAGGAGCUCUCGCAGAGGAGGAAGCAGCGUGGGAGCAGGUGAGCCUCGGCGGAGCAGCGCUCAGAGAGGCGCGGGCUGAGCUAGGGGAAGCCAGGAGACAGUGGCACUCCCUGCAGGUGGAGAUAGAUACUCUACAUGCCUUGGAGAAAGGCCUGGAGAGUUCUUUGCAGAACACCCAGCAGCUGUACUCCAGCCAGCUGCAGCACCUUUCUGAGGUGAUCUCCAGGCUGGAGAAUGAGCUGGAGCAGGUGAGGCAAGGGCUCCUCACCCAGCGCCAGCGUCACAGCCAGCUGCUCAACACCAAAAUGAGGCUGGAGCGUGAGAUCACCACCUACCGCCGGCUGCUGGAGCGUGAAGAAAGCAGAUACAUGGAACGUCAGGGGCAGGCAAUGGUGCUGGAGCCCUGGAGAGCUUCUGUGGUCGAGGCAAAGGAGAACGGCCUGGAGAACGGCUUCAGUGACCCUGCUGUUACUCCAGAUGAACCAAAGUCCGAGCCCCUACCUGAAAUACCGUCACUCCUCCCACCAGAUAAUGAGCUAAAGAAAAGCUCUAUAUUGCAAAGACAGCAAAGCCUUGUGAUACUUACAGAGCCAGAGCAAGAUGAAGAUUUGCCCAUCUCCACUGUGAAGACUCAAGAGAUUCUUCAGGGCAAUGUGGUGCGGGAGAGCGCAGAGGGUCACGGCACCAUCGAGACCGAGAAGAUUGACAAGGUGAUCAAGCAGUGGGAGGGCUCCUUCUUCAGAGGCAACCCCAAAUUGCGCAAGAAGUCCGUCUCGCUGCGUUUUGACCUGCACAUGGCUGCCGCAGACGAGGGGUGCGCCCAGACAAAACAGGACAGCCUGCCCGACGUGGAGGUGCGCCUCAUCAUGAAGAGAUCUCGCAGUGUUACAACUAUCCCACCGUAACGCUGGUUGCCGGGGUCAGCACGGGGUUCGACUCUGCAGCAGAUUAUGGUAACACUAACAGUGAUGAAGAAGUAACAUCUAAUUUAUAUAUGGGACUCAAUGUAUUACGUUAUUAUGUAUGAAUUUGAAAUUACCACACUUAAGAGGCAUUUUAAAAUGUCUGAAGACUUUGCAUCGUAGCCGAUGAUUUAAGGUGAGUCGCUGUGAUGACAAGACGAUGCGUUAGGCUUUCGUGCAGAUCUAACAGAGCAGUUUUUUAUUUAGCUUCUCAAUUACAUUCAGCAAAAAAAAAAACAUGAAUCCUGCAAUAUUUUAUUCUGUUGCAGGUGAUGUAGAGAUGAUAAUCGAUGAGCUGCUGUGGAUGAUCUGAAGGUGUUUUUCCUUUGUAAAAUGCUUUUGCACUGUGGAAACAUGCAGCACUUUGAAGAACUUCAGCACUGAAAUAUGCAGAAUGUGUGUAAAGUGAGUCCUUGUCAUUGCAUUUAGUUUUAUGUGGAGAUUUUUGCAGCUCAAAAUGACAAUAUAGGCUAUAUUUACAAUGCAUUGUCAUAAAUAAUGAAAACAAUAAUUCUGAUUUCCUGUCUUAACCAGAGGAGGGCAG